GGCGCAGCCAAGCUGUCAGCCCAUGUGGCGUGGCCGCGCGGGGAUGGCCGCGGUUUAAAUAGCGCCGGCGCGGCCUAGAGGGAGCCAGAGAGACGGCAGCGGUGUCCCAUCCAGUUCGCCUGCCGCGCUCCGCGCUUCUCGUCUGCCUCCAGAGCCCAGUCAGAGAAGAGCCAUGGAGGAGGUGGUGAUAGCCGGCAUGUCGGGCAAGUUGCCCGAGUCAGAGAACCUGCAGGAGUUCUGGGACAACCUCAUUAACGGUGUGGACAUGGUCACAGACGAUGACAGGCGGUGGAAGGCUGGGCUCUAUGGUCUGCCCAAGCGGUCUGGAAAGCUGAAGGACCUGUCCAAGUUCGACGCCUCCUUCUUUGGGGUCCACCCCAAGCAGGCACACACAAUGGAUCCCCAGCUCCGGCUGCUCUUGGAAGUCAGCUAUGAGGCCAUUGUGGACGGAGGCAUCAACCCGGCUUCACUCCGAGGAACAAGCACUGGUGUCUGGGUGGGCGUGAGUGGAUCCGAGGCAUCAGAGGCCCUGAGCAGAGACCCCGAGACACUUCUAGGCUAUAGCAUGGUGGGCUGCCAGCGAGCCAUGAUGGCCAACCGGCUCUCCUUCUUCUUUGACUUCAAAGGACCCAGCAUUGCCCUGGACACAGCCUGCUCCUCCAGCCUGCUGGCACUGCAGAACGCCUACCAGGCCAUCCGCAGCGGGGAGUGCCCCGCUGCCCUUGUGGGCGGCAUCAAUGUGCUGCUGAAGCCCAACACCUCAGUGCAGUUCAUGAAGCUGGGCAUGCUCAGCCCUGAUGGCACCUGCAAGUCCUUCGACGACGCGGGCAAUGGGUACUGUCGCUCCGAGGCCGUUGUGGUAGUUCUGCUGACCAAGAAGUCCCUGGCCCGGCGCGUCUAUGCCACUGUACUGAAUGCUGGCACCAACACAGAUGGCUGCAAGGAGCAAGGUGUGACGUUCCCCUCUGGAGAAGCUCAGGAGCAGCUCAUCCACUCGCUGUAUCGGCCAGCCGGCCUGGCCCCGGAGUCCCUUGAGUAUAUUGAAGCCCACGGCACAGGCACCAAGGUGGGUGACCCCCAGGAACUGAACAGCAUUGUGCGAGCCCUGUGUGCCUCCCGCCAGAGCCCUCUGUUAAUUGGAUCCACCAAAUCCAACAUGGGACACCCUGAGCCUGCCUCUGGGCUGGCAGCCCUGGCCAAGGUGCUGCUAUCCCUGGAACAUGGGGUUUGGGCCCCCAACCUGCAUUUCCACAACCCCAACCCUGAAAUCCCAGCACUUCUUGAUGGGCGCCUGCAGGUGGUAGACAAACCCCUGCCUGUUCACGGUGGCAACGUGGGCAUCAACUCUUUUGGCUUUGGAGGUGCCAACGUUCACAUCAUCCUCCAACCCAACACGCAGCAGGCCCAUGCGCCUGCCCCACAUGCCGCACUGCCCCGUGUGCUGCAGGCCAGUGGGCGCACCAUGGAGGCAGUGCAGGGCCUGCUGGAGCAGGGCCGCCAGCACAGCCAGGACUUGGCCUUCGUGAACAUGCUCAACAACAUCGCAGUGGCCCCGACAGCUGCCAUGCCCUACAGGGGCUACGCCGUACUCGGGGUUGAGGGAGCUGUGCAGGAAGUGCAGCAAGUGUCUGCCAGCAAGCGUCCAGUCUGGUUCAUCUGCUCCGGAAUGGGCACACAGUGGCGUGGGAUGGGGCUGAGCCUCAUGCGCCUGGACAGCUUCCGUGAGUCUAUCCUGCGCUCUGAUGAGGUUGUGAAGCCAUUGGGAGUGAAAGUCUCAGACCUUCUGCUCAGCACGGAUGAGAAUACCUUUGACGACAUCGUGAAUGCCUUUGUGAGCCUCACUGCCAUACAGAUCGCCCUCAUAGACCUGCUGACUGCUGUGGGGCUGAAACCGGACGGCAUCAUUGGGCACUCCUUGGGAGAGGUUGCCUGUGGCUAUGCGGAUGGCUGUCUCUCCCAGAGAGAGGCUGUGCUUGCAGCCUACUGGAGAGGCCAGUGCAUCAAGGAGGCCCACCUCCCACCUGGAUCCAUGGCAGCUGUGGGUUUGUCCUGGGAGGAGUGUAAGGAACGCUGUCCGGCUGGUGUGGUGCCUGCCUGCCACAACUCUGAGGACACUGUGACCAUCUCUGGACCUCAGGCUACAGUGAGCGAGUUUGUGGCUCAGCUGAAGCAGGAAGGUGUGUUUGCCAAGGAAGUGCGGACCGGCGGCCUGGCCUUCCACUCGUAUUUCAUGGAAGGCAUCGCCCCCACGCUGCUGCAGGCUCUCAAGAAGGUGAUCCGGGAGCCAAGGCCUCGCUCAGCUCGCUGGCUCAGCACCUCCAUCCCUGAGGCCCAGUGGCAGAGCAGCCUGGCCCAAACGUCUUCUGCCGAAUACAACGUCAACAACCUGGUGAGCCCUGUGCUCUUCCAGGAGGCACUGUGGCACAUCCCUGAGCACGCCGUGGUGCUGGAGAUUGCACCCCACGCACUGUUGCAGGCUGUCCUGAAGCGAGGUGUGAAAUCCACCUGCACCAUCGUCCCUCUGAUGAAGAGGGACCAUAAAGAUAACCUGGAGUUCUUCCUCACCAACCUCGGCAAGGUGCACCUCACAGGCGUCGAUGUCAACCCUAAUGGCCUGUUCCCACCUAUGGCGUUCCCGGUCCCCCGGGGAACUCCUCUCAUCUCCCCUCACAUCAAGUGGGACCACAGUCAGACUUGGGAUGUCCCAGCUGCUGAAGACUUCCCCAAUGGCUCCAGCUCCUCGUCUGCUACAGUCUACAGUAUCGAUGCCGGUCCCGAGUCACCUGACCACUACCUGGUAGACCACUGCAUUGAUGGCCGCGUCAUCUUCCCUGCCACUGGCUACCUGUGUCUGGUGUGGAAGACGCUGGCUCGCAGCUUGAGCCUGUCCUUAGAAGAGACUCCUGUGGUGUUUGAGGACGUGACACUUCAUCAGGCCACCAUACUGCCCAAGACAGGAACUGUGUCUCUGGAGGUGCGGCUGCUAGAGGCCUCCCAUGCCUUUGAAGUGUCUGAGAACGGCAACCUGAUCGUGAGUGGGAAAGUGUCCCAGUGGGAAGACCCUAACUCCAAGUUCUUUGACCACCCGGAAGACCUGAGCCCCCCCGAGUCCACACCUGUCUCCUGCUUGACCCAGACAGAAGUGUACAAGGAGCUGCGGCUGCGUGGCUAUGAUUACGGCCCUCAGUUCCAGGGCAUCUAUGAGGCCAGCCUUGAAGGUGAGCAGGGCAAGCUGCUCUGGAAAGACAACUGGGUGACCUUCCUGGACACAAUGCUACAGGUGUCCAUUCUGGGUGCCAGCCAGCAGAGUCUGCGGCUACCUACCCGUGUGACUGCCAUCCACAUCGACCCUGCGACCCACCUGCAGAGGGUGUACACGCUGGAGGGGGAGACCCAAGUGGCGGAUGUGAAAACUAGCUCCUGUCUGGGCAGCACGGUGUCUGGCGGUGUCCGCAUCUCCAGACUACACACCACAGCGGCCCCACGGCGGCAGCAGGAACAGCUUGUUCCCACCUUGGAGAAAUUCGUCUUCACACCCCACGUGGAGGCCGGGUGCCUGUCUGAGAAUGCCACCCUGCAGAGAGAGCUGCAGCUGUGCAAGGGUCUGGCACAGGCUCUGCAGAGCAAGGCCCCCCAGCAGGGGCUGAAGACGGCAGUGCCUGGGCUGGAGGAGCCCCCACAGCAUGCGCUACCUCAGCUGCUGGCAGCUGCUUGCCAGCUGCAGCUCAACGGGACCCUGCAGCUGGAGUUGGGCGAGGCCCUGGCUCAAGAAAGGCUCCUACUGCCGGAAGACCCUCUGAUCAGUGGCCUCCUCAACUCCCAGGCACUCAAGGCCUGCGUAGACAUGGCCCUGGAGAACCUGACUGGUCUCAAGAUGAAGGUGGUGGAGGUGCUGGCCGGAGAAGGUCACUUGUACACGCGUAUCCCGGCCCUGCUCAGCACCCAGCCUAUGCUACAGCUGGAGUAUACCGCCACCGACCGCCUCCCCCAGUCCCUGCAGGAUGUCCAGGCCAAGCUGCAGCAGCACGACGUUGCCCAGGCACAGUGGAACCCUUCCGAUCCUGCUCCCAACAACCUGGGUGCACUUGACCUUCUGGUGUGCAACUGUUCAGUGGCCACUCUGGAGGAUCCGGCCUUGGCCCUGGGCAACAUGGCAGCCGCCCUCAAGGAAGGUGGUUUCCUGUUAAUGCACACAGUGCUCAAAGGUCAUGUCCUUGGGGGGACCUUGGCCUGCCUCCCCUCUGAGGUGCAGCCUGGGCUGAGCCUCCUAAGCCAGGAAGAGUGGGAGAGCCUGUUCUCACAAAAGGCACUGCGUCUGGUGGGCCUUAAAAAGUCGUUCUACGGGACUGCGCUCUUCCUGUGCCGCCGCAGAGCCACCCUGCAGGACAGCCCUGUCUUCCUGCCUGUGGAGGACACCAGCUUCCAGUGGGUGGACUCUCUGAAGAGCACUCUGGCCACAUCUUCCUCCCAGCCUGUGUGGCUAACAGCCAUGGAUUGCCCCAUCUCGGGUGUGGUGGGCUUGGUGAACUGCCUCCGCAAAGAGCCUGGUGGACACCGGAUUCGGUGUAUCCUGCUGUCCAACCUCAGCAGCACAUCUCAUGUCCCCAAGUUGGACCCUGGCUCCUCAGAGCUACAGAGUGUGCUGGAGAGUGACCUGGUGAUGAACGUGUACCGCGACGGCGCCUGGGGCGCAUUCCGUCACUUCCUGUUAGAGCCGGACAAGCCCGAGGAGCAGACGGCACACGCCUUUGUAAAUGUGCUUACCCGAGGCGACCUUGCCUCCAUCCGCUGGGUCUGCUCGCCCCUCAAACACGCGCAGCCCGCCAAAGCAGGGGCGCAGCUCUGCACGGUCUACUACGCCUCGCUCAACUUCCGGGACAUCAUGUUGGCCACGGGCAAGCUGUCCCCAGACGCCAUUCCAGGUAAAUGGGCCAGCCGGGACUGCAUGCUCGGCAUGGAAUUCUCAGGCCGCGACAGGUGUGGCCGGCGCGUAAUGGGGCUGGUGCCUGCAGAAGGCCUGGCCACCUCAGUCCUGUUGUCACCAGACUUCCUCUGGGAUGUACCCUCCAGCUGGACCCUGGAGGAGGCAGCGUCUGUGCCCGUCGUCUACACCACUGCCUACUACUCCCUCGUAGUGCGUGGGCGGAUUCAGCCUGGGGAGACCGUGCUCAUCCACUCAGGCUCAGGUGGUGUGGGCCAGGCAGCCAUCUCCAUUGCCCUGAGUCUGGGCUGCCGAGUCUUCACCACUGUGGGCUCUGCCGAGAAGCGAGCGUACCUCCAGGCCAGGUUCCCUCAGCUCGAUGACACCAGCUUUGCUAACUCGCGAGACACGUCAUUUGAGCAGCAUGUGUUACGACACACUGGUGGCAAAGGGGUCGACCUGGUCCUCAACUCCCUGGCAGAAGAGAAGCUACAGGCCAGCGUGCGGUGCCUGGCUCAGCAUGGCCGCUUCUUAGAGAUCGGCAAAUUUGAUCUUUCUAACAACCACCCACUGGGCAUGGCUGUCUUCCUGAAGAACAUCACUUUCCAUGGGAUCCUGCUGGACGCACUUUUUGAGGAGGCCAGCAGCAGCUGGCGGGAGGUCUCAGCGCUGCUGCAGGCUGGCAUCCGCGACGGGGUUGUGAAACCCCUCAAGUGCACAGUGUUCCCCAAGGCCAAGGUGGAAGACGCCUUCCGCUACAUGGCUCAGGGGAAGCAUAUUGGCAAAGUCCUUGUCCAGGUGCGGGCAGAGGAGCCAGAGGCUGUGUUGCCAGGGGCCCAGCCCACCGUGAUCUCCGCCAUCUCCAAGACCUUCUGCCCGGCCCAUAAGAGUUACAUCAUCACUGGUGGCCUAGGUGGCUUUGGCCUGGAGCUGGCCCGGUGGCUUAUGCUUCGGGGGGCCCAGAAGCUUGUGCUGACUUCCCGGUCCGGGGUCCGCACAGGCUACCAGGCCAAGCAGCUUCGAGAGUGGAGGCGCCAGGGGAUACAGGUGCUGGUGUCAACAAGCAACGCCAGCUCCCUGGACGGGGCCCGCGCACUCAUUGCUGAAGCCACAAAGCUUGGGCCUGUUGGAGGUGUCUUCAACCUGGCCAUGGUUCUGAGAGACGCCAUGCUAGAGAACCAGACUCCAGAACUCUUUCAGGAUGUCAACAAGCCCAAAUACAGUGGUACCCUGAACCUUGACAGGGCGACGCGGGAAGCCUGCCCCGAGCUGGACUACUUUGUGGCCUUCUCCUCUGUAAGCUGUGGGCGCGGUAACGCCGGCCAAACCAACUAUGGCUUCGCCAACUCUGCCAUGGAGCGUAUAUGCGAGCAACGCAGACACGACGGCCUCCCAGGUCUAGCCAUACAGUGGGGUGCCAUUGGUGACGUGGGCAUUGUCCUGGAAGCGAUGGGUACCAAUGACACAGUCAUCGGCGGCACACUGCCGCAGCGUAUCGCCUCUUGCAUGGAGGUGCUGGACCUCUUCCUGAAUCAGCCCCACGCGGUCCUGAGUAGCUUUGUGCGGGCUGAGAAGAAAGCUGUAUCCCAUGACGGUGAAGCCCAGAGGGAUCUGGUGAAGGCCAUUGCACACAUUCUAGGCAUCAGAGACCUGUCAGGUAUUAACCUGGACAGCUCGCUGGCAGACCUCGGCCUGGACUCUCUCAUGGGUGUGGAAGUACGCCAGAUCCUGGAACGUGAACAUGACCUGGUGCUGCCCAUGCGUGAGGUGCGGCAGCUCACGCUGCGGAAGCUGCAAGAACUGUCCUCCAAUGCUGGCUCAACCAGUGAGUCGACAUCCCCCAAGUCCAAGAAUGACACGUCCCUGAAGCAGGCGCAGCUGAACCUGAGCAUCCUGCUGGUGAACCCCGAGGGGCCGACCCUGACCCGCCUCAACUCCGUGCAGAGCUCUGAGCGGCCUCUGUUCCUGGUGCACCCCAUUGAAGGCUCCACCACUGUGUUCCACAGCCUGGCUGCCAAGCUCAGCGUGCCCACCUACGGUCUGCAGUGCACCCAAGCUGCACCUCUGGACAGCAUUCCAAACCUGGCCGCCUACUACAUUGAGUGCAUCAAGCAGGUGCAGCCAGAAGGCCCCUACAGGGUCGCUGGGUACUCCUUCGGAGCCUGUGUCGCCUUCGAGAUGUGCUCCCAGCUGCAGGCCCAGCAGGGCCCAGCCCCCACGCACAACAGCCUCUUCUUGUUUGACGGCUCACACACCUAUGUACUGGCCUACACCCAGAGCUACCGGGCAAAGAUGACCCCAGGCUGUGAGGCCGAGGCCGAGGCUGAGGCCAUAUGUUUCUUCAUAAAGCAGUUCAUCGAUGCAGAACAUAACAAGGUGCUGGAGGCCUUGCUGCCACUGAAGAGCCUGGAGGACCGGGUGGCUGCUGCCGUGAACCUCAUCACAAAAAGCCACCACAGCCUGGACCGCCGUGAGCUGAGCUUUGCUGCCCUGUCCUUCUACCACAAGCUUCGCGCGGCCGAGCAGUAUAAACCCAAGGCCAAGUACCACGGCAACGUGACGCUGAUGCGUGCCAAGACAGGUGGCACCUACGGCGAGGACUUGGGUGCCGACUACAACCUCUCGCAGGUGUGCGACGGGAAGGUGUCUGUGCACAUCAUUGAGGGUGACCACCGCACGCUGCUGGAGGGCAGUGGCCUAGAGUCUAUCAUCAGCAUCAUCCACAGCUCCCUGGCUGAGCCUCGAGUGAGUGUACGGGAGGGCUAGCCCAGGAAGCCACACUCCACACCCGCCACCAGAGAUGCUCCGAUCCCCACCAUACCCUGAAUGCAGGGACAAGGGAGGGUCCUGCUGGUGGGACCCCCAGCCCCUAGUGGCCCAGCACCACCCCCUCCCCUGGUGGCUGCUAGAAACAGAACCAUCACACGUGUCCCAGCCACCUAGUGGGGUUCCCAGAGCCACUGACUUGGAGACACCCUGGUCUGUGAAGAGUCAGUGGAGGCCAGCAGGAACCAAACUGAGCCUUUUCUGCCGUGUGGCACUUGCCACGCUGGUUGUUUCUCCAUUAAAUUCUCAUAUUUAUUGUAUUGCUGGGAAAGACCCCCAGGGUUGACUGGUUCCAGAACCCUUAAAACAGCAGAGGCUGUGUGUGGGGAAGAUCUCUGGGAAAGUCUCUGGGCCCACAAUAGGGCCGCUGCCUGGAGCCCCUUUGUGUCCUGGCCCUGCUCCCUGCAGGGCAGGGUACGGAGAGGGCUGGUUCCCGGGGAACAAGGACCCCAGCAGACACUGUAGCCCAUGGCCUUGGUCCCCAGCACCCCGGCUGCACCCAUGAUGCAGGGCCAGCCUGACCCUGCGGACCGCACCGGGCGCUGACUCUUGUUUUCCAAGAAAAGGUUCAGGUUGCUGCUUGGGUUUUGAAUUUGCUGCAGCUGUCAGUAUAAAGACCCAUGUCUGGACUGUGUCAUUUUUACACCAACCUGGUACAAUGCUGCUCUUGAUGCUGUCCCAUUCCCACAAUUAAACUGCACGUGAGCGCU